AUUUGAAUCACCGCUUUUGGAUGAACAAAACCCUCUUUCUCCCAAAACCCAAACCCUUGGCGGCUGUGUGUGAGCGUGUGCAAGACCCGCCCCGUCUCUCUCUCUCUCUCUACGAGGGUUCCUCCAUCUGUCUUCGUUCUCUAAAACCCCCCUAAAUACUAUUGGGUUUUAGGGUUUUACCCGUCUGAAGAAGAUCUAUCCACUAAUACCGGUCAUGGCUACCGUUGCUCCUCCUGCGGAUCAAGCUACAGAUUUACUACAGAAAUUGUCGUUAGAUCCUCAAACCAAGGCCUUGGAAAUUCCUGAGCCCACCAAGAAGCCUUCAUCCAAUCAAUAUGGGUCUGUUGAUUCUGCCAAUGCUACAAACGGUCAGAUCCCAUCAUUUGAGCGGUCUGUGACUCCAUUACUACCUGAUUUCAUGGAUUUAUCCAUGUGUUAUGUUCUGUUCGGUUUGGACAUUGAGAUUUUUCAUCUCAAACAUAAAAUUUUUAUCUCAUCAUUAUAAUUUUUUUAAAUCUUCAUAUAAAAUAUAAUAAACAAUUCAACUUUUUCUUAAUUUUUUUAAAUUCUAAAAUAAUAAUAAUAUUAAAAUAUAAUAUUUUAAUAUUUAAUCUUAAAACUCAAAAUUCUCAUGUGAGAAAUCUCAAUUGCCAAGCAGAGUUUUUGUUUUUGUGAUGAGGAGUUUUGUAUGAUGUGAUUGUUCCUUUUUUUUUUUUUUUUUUUUUGUUGGCAUUUUGCAGCAACUCAAUAUUAUUGGGUAGUUGUUGUGCCUUUUAAUUUUUCUCCCACGGGAAAUUAACCUGAUUUGAAAGUUCCGUUAUAUGCUAAUUAAUGCAACUUGUUUUGUCAAUGAGAAAUGUUGAAAACAAGGGACAGUCAUGUUUACUGUAUAUUGAGGCACUCCAAACGGAGAAGAAAGUGAUCUGUUUCUGAUUGUUACGUCC